AUGGCGCUCGAAGGUGGAAGGUUCUUCAUUCAGGACAAGUUGGUCACCCCGGGCCCGCAUCAUGCCAGCUUCAAAGCUUUGUGGGAGACAAAAUGGCGCGAACCGGCAAGUCAUUGCACUCUUGGUCUGUACCCGUUCAUGUUUGGUGCACUUCAAGACUUUGAGCCCGUCGUGAAAGACAUUAUUCAGAAAGAUCUCAAGGAGCCGUACAAUUGGGAUGAAUAUGCAUCAUGCUUCUUUCCCAAAGCCGAGGAACUGGUAACUCGAGCUAUAGCUGCGGAGAACUCUGGAGACCGGGCAAAGGCAUCGGAGCUUUAUCUGCGAGCUUCUGCUGUGUAUCGCAUUGCUCGUUUUCCCGUUGUGCGAUCGCCAAAGCAGCAACAUGCCUGGAACGCUGGCAAGGAGGCGGCGCGCAAAGGACUAGAGCUCCAUGAAUUUCCCAUGGUCGAAGUAGAUAUUCCCCACACCCAUGCGCAACAAGGUGACCGCGAUGUCCUGCCUGGCUUCUACCACCUCCCAAAGCAUGCGUCAUCAUCAAACAAAGUCCCUCUAAUCAUAAUUUUUACGGGUCUUGAUGGUUACAGGACCGAACUAGCUGUUUGGAAGGAGGGUUUCCGCCAAGUGGGCUGCGCGACCCUCGUUGUCGAGAUACCGGGCACUGGAGACAAUCCCGCGGCACCCUCUGAUCCUACAAGUCCAGAUCGAUUGUGGACAAGCAUGUUUGAUUGGAUUGAGAAGCAAGAGGGUAUUGAUCAGAAAAAGAUUGUCAACUGGGGAUUUAGCACUGGCGGCUACUACAGCAUUCGUCUGGCCCAUACGCAUGCACACAAGGUGAAAGGUGCCGUAGCACAUGGUGGUGGUUGUCACUUCAUGUUCGACCCGUUUUGGCUGGACCACGCCGACUAUCUUGAGUACCCCUUCGAUCUCUCGCACUCGCUCUGCCACAAGUACGGCUAUGGAACAGAUUUUGAGCGGUUCAAGAAGGAGGCGAGUGGAAAAUUCUCGCUACUAGAGGAUGGCACGCUGCAAAAGGACUGCACGAGGCUCUUGCUAGUGAACGGUGUUGGAGAUGAGAUUUUCCCCGUCGACGACUACUACCUGUGCCUUCUCCAUGGAAUGGCCAAGGAAGCGCGCUUUGUGCCAGGCAAGAAACACAUGGGUGAGCCCGAGUCGUUCAAUGUCAUCUUGCGGUGGAUUUCCGACCUCUUGGAGCUCAAUAUUGAUAUCAAGCGUUUCAUGUCUACUAUUCCGUCUCGGCCAAAGUAUUGA